ACCGCAGAAUGCCUGACGCCGCUCUGCCAAUCGUGAACACGCUGCGCCUGCGGCCACUGACGAAGGAAAACAUCCUGUACUACUACUUUCCGCUAAAGGGAAUGCUCAGCUAUGCGGCACUGUCCGUCAACGUAAUGAAUCCCUCGAUCGCUAUCAAAUUGCUACCAAAGCGAGACGUGACGAAUUUUUUGCUGCUGCACACUGUACUCGGUACGACCCUGUUCAUGUACAGCAGACCGCACCUGAAAGCAGUGCCAACGAACAAACGUGUAGCAUUCAGCGUUUGUACAUCCGUGCUGUUUAGCUUCGGUUCUGUUCUGGUGUGGGCCGUUAUCCGGUCGGCUGUGCCACGCAAUCAAGGACUGGCGACUGCACUGGGACUGUCGUCCGGACUGCUGAUGGCCAAGCUAGGCUACGAUUACAUCGAGAACAACGAUAGUCUAGCGGUGGUGAAAAAGAAUUAAAAAAGCUUUUCGAUUUGU